UGCAGUGUGGUGCUGGAAAUCUCGCGAUUGUUGGCGUUAUUAGAGAGAGUUGGUGAAGAUGGCGCCUGUUGUGACAGGGAAAUUUGGGGAGCUCCCUCAGCCAAAGCGUUUAACAAGAGAGGCAAUGCGCAACUACUUGAAGGAGAGAGGAGAUCAGACAGUACUCAUACUGCAUGCAAAAGUUGCACAAAAAUCAUACGGCAAUGAAAAAAGAUUCUUCUGUCCUCCACCAUGUGUGUACCUGAUGGGUUGUGGCUGGAAGAAAAAGAAGGAGCAGAUGGAGAGAGAGGGCUGCUCGGAGCAGGAGUCUCAGCCUUGUGCCUUUAUCGGCAUUGGAAACAGUGAACAAGAGAUGCAGCAGCUCAACUUGGAGGGCAAGAAUUUUUGCACAGCAAAAACGUUGUACAUUUCUGACUCGGACAAACGGAAGCACUUCAUGCUUACAGUGAAAAUGUUCUACGGGAACAGUGCGGAUAUCGGUGUCUUCCUCAGCAAACGAAUCAAGGUCAUCUCCAAACCUUCCAAAAAGAAACAGUCGCUGAAGAAUGCAGAACUGUGCAUAGCUUCUGGGACGAAGGUGGCUCUUUUUAACCGCUUGCGGUCUCAGACUGUCAGUACGCGGUACCUUCAUGUGGAAGGGGGAAACUUCCAUGCUAGUUCACAACAGUGGGGAGCCUUCUACAUUCAUCUAUUGGAUGAUGAUGAGUCAGAGGGAGAAGAGUUUACAGUCAGAGACGGUUAUAUCCAUUACGGUCAGACGGUGAAGCUAGUGUGCUCUGUGACAGGCAUGGCUCUUCCACGACUGAUCAUUCGUAAAGUGGACAAGCAGACAGCGCUAAUGGAUGCUGACGAUCCUGUGUCCCAACUACAUAAAUGUUCCUUCUACCUUAAAGAUACAGAGAGGAUGUACCUCUGCCUGUCACAAGAGAGGAUAAUUCAGUUCCAGGCCACAUCCUGUCCCAAAGAAACAAACAAAGAAAUGAUCAACGAUGGGGCGUCAUGGACAAUCAUCAGCACAGACAAAGCAGAGUACACUUUCUAUGAGGGGAUGGGCCCUGUACCCUCACCUGUCACACCCGUGCCUGUUGUUGAAAGUUUACAGCUGAAUGGAGGAGGAGAUGUUGCCAUGCUGGAACUGACAGGACAGAACUUCACGCCUAACCUCAGAGUCUGGUUUGGAGAUGUAGAGGCAGACACUAUGUACAGGUGUGGCGAAAGUGUGCUCUGCGUGGUUCCCGACAUCUCUGCCUUCCGUGAGGGGUGGCGUUGGGUUCGGCAGCCAGUGCAGGUUCCUGUGACCUUGGUCCGUAAUGAUGGCAUCAUCUACUCCACAGCUUUGACAUUUACCUACACGCCAGAGCCAGGACCGCGUCCUCACUGCGGCACCGCGGGAGCCAUACUGCGGGCCAACAGCAACUCCUCCACCUCACCAUCUUCAUCCUCCUUAUCCUCCAGCCUACUGCUGCAGUCAGCCAUCGACAGCCAGGCAGGAUACGCGGCAACAGGCGUGUCUUCAUCCUCCUCUUCCUCAGCUAUGUCUGUCUCCUAACCUUGGAAUCUCAAUGUGCAUUUGCUUGUGUGAGUAAGUGAGCCUUUGUGAGAGAUGGUGAUUCGUCCACACAUAGACUUUCCUUGAUUCACGGGAUACAGAUCACGAAAACAGAUUACGGUGCCACAAAGAGAGAAGAAUGAGAGACAAGACUUCACACAAAGACUGGACAAAACAAAUGAAGAUGUCUCUUUUCUGUUCUCUCUCUCUGUGUCUCUCUUUGUUGCAGUUCUUUUUCAAUCUGUUUCCUCAUGUCAGAGGAAGUGGAAACAGAAGUGAUGUGUGCCGUGGAUCAAGAUGCCACAGGAUCAAUGCAUAAGCCUUACAUGAAAACAAAAAAAAACAAUCAAAAACAAAAAAAAAAUACUGUCUCUUCAAAACAAAGCCUUUUCGAAGUAAGUGCAAGCUGGAAAUUGCUUUGAGAGAUGUUGUUUUCUACUAAAGGGCUUAAUGCACUGUUUCACCAGGCUUGGAAGAAAAGUUAUAGUAAUAUAGUUUUUACGGACCGAGGAAUAUUAUUA